GUGCCAAUGGGAAGAGCCGCUCUCGUUGCUGACUGGCCUCUCCUCCAAUCGGCGUUGCGAGGGGCUCGGUCACGUGGCAGGCCGUAAGUCUGCGUGGCGCAGUCGGUAACGGAGUUUUGAGGAGAGCAGAAUGGACCCUACCAGACACCCAUUCAGGGGCUCCCCCUUGCAUAAGACUUUUGGGGUAAGACCGCCUGCCCCAGAGGAUGAGCGAGUGCUUGGAAGAGCACUUCCCCUGUCAAGAGGCCGUGCUUCCGUAGGAGCAGCUGCUACACCUUCCCCUGACACUUCGAUUAGGGGCCCACAGAAUGUGCUGCCUUCCCUAUUUCGUGGAUUAGGCCUACAAACACAGCCAGUUGUGGUCCCUGGCAGAGGGGAUCCCUUAAUGGGGAGAGGCUUCCUCAGGACUACAACCCCAGGAGAGAGCUUUGACUCUCGACUCCCAUGUGUUUCUAGUCGUCUUCCUUUCAAACCACUUGAGCCUGUUCAUAAAGGUGAAUUUGAGCCAGUGGGUGCUUCUCUCGGAAGAGCCAGAUUUCCAGUAAGCCUUUCAAGUUCAGAACGUUCACCUCCAUCCGUUUCUGGUCGGGGACUAGGUAGUGCUCCUGUCUCUCCGGUUCCUCCAUCUACACUCCCGAAGACAGAAAUCCCUCCAGCAGCUUCAGUUGUGACAAAAGAAGAAAAGAGAUUUCCAGUAAGCCUUUCAAGUUCAGAACGUUCACCUCCAUCCGUUUCUGGUAGGGGACUAGGUAGUGCUCCUGUCUCUCCGGUUCCUCCAUCCACACUCCCGAAGACAGAAAGCCCUCCAGCAGCUUCAGUUGUGACAAAAGAAGAAAAGAGGGAACCAUUAGUUAAACUAGGCUCUAAAGGCACUCCCACUCCACUUGGGAUAAAUUUAAUAAAAAUCAUCUGCAAGAAUGAAGCUGUGUAUCAGUACCAUGUCACCUUUACACCCAAUAUGGAGUGUCGCAGUAUGCGGUUUGGCAUGUUAAAAGAUCACCGAUCAGUUACUGGACAAGUGACAGCUUUUGAUGGUUCUAUACUUUAUCUACCAGUCAAACUUUCACAGACUGUCGAGCUGGAGAGUGAACGCCGCACUGACGGACAGAAAAUCAAAAUCACAAUACAAAUGACAAAAAUUCUGGAGCCCAGUUCAGAUUUGUGCAUUACCUUUUAUAAUGUGGUGAUAAAAAAAGUAAUGAAAAUUUUGGACAUGAAACUAGUUGGGAGAAAUUUCUUUGACCCUUCAAGUGCCACAGUGUUGCAACAAUACAGACUGCAGGUGUGGCCAGGACUAUGCAGCUAGCAUAACGCAGGACAGACGGCGGCCUGUUUCUUAUAGCGGAUCAUUACCCACAUGAAUAUCCGAAAUGACUCUGUACUUGACAUCAUGCACCUAAUGUAUCAGCAAAGCAAAGAUAACUUUCAGGAUGAAGUUACAAAGGAGUUGGUUGGAAGCAUUGUGAUAACCAGGUACAAUAACCGCACAUACCGAAUUGAUGACAUAGAGUGGAACAAAACCCCAAAUGAUGUCUUCGCUAUGGCAGAUGGAACAAAUAUUAGCUUCCUGGAAUACUAUAGUAAGAACUAUGGUAUUACAAUCAAAGAAGUAGACCAGCCACUUCUGCUUCACAGACCCAAUGAGAACAAAGGUUUGCGGGGCAAGAUGUCUGGUCCUAUUCUCCUUCUUCCAGAACUGUCUUUCAUGACUGGAAUCCCCGAAAAAAUGAAAAAAGACUUUCGGGCCAUGAGGGACGUUACCCAGCAAAUCCAUCUGAGUCCCAAAGAGCACUACAUCUCCCUUGGGAAGCUGAUACAUAGAAUACAAAGCAGGGAGGAAGCACAAAAUGAGCUACAGAAAUGGGGUCUCGAAAUAGACUCUGACAUACAUAAGACAACGGGUAGGAUUUUGCCAAAGGAGAAAAUUAACCUGAAAAGAAAUUCAUUCACUCCUGGAGAGGACCUCAACUGGACCAGAGAAGUGACCCGUGAGCCCUCCAUUUCUGUUGUUAACUUGCAGUACUGGGUAGUGAUGUAUCCUAAACGUGCCUUAUCUCAAGUUCGGGAGCUCACAAGUACGUUUGAGAAGAUUGCAGGUUCUUUAGGUAUGCGUGUAAACCAGCCUAAUGCCAUUGAACUGAAAGAUGACCGUGUGGAGACUUAUGCACGAAGUAUCAGAUCGCUGAUAGAGGGGGAGGCAAGGGUGCAGCUGCUUUUGGUGAUUAUAUCUGGAAUGAGAGAUGACCUCUAUGGUGCCAUAAAGAAGCUGUGUUGUGUGCAGACCCCAGUUCCAUCACAGGUUGUGAACACAAAAACGAUUUCAAACCCAGCAAAACUGAGGAGCAUUGCACAGAAAAUACUACUGCAGAUCAACUGCAAGCUAGGGGGAGAGCUAUGGGGGGUGGACAUACCACUGAAAAAUCUAAUGGUUGUUGGGAUGGACGUCUACCAUGAUGCCAGUCGAGGUCAACGCUCGGUGACAGGCUUUGUGGCGAGCACAAAUCAUUGCCUGACGCGCUGGUACUCCCGUGUAGUCUUCCAACUUCCACAUCAGGAGAUUGUAGAUGGCUUAAAGCUGUGCCUGGUUGCUGCCCUGCAAAAGUACCAUGAGGUAAAUCAUGUGCUGCCAGAGAAGAUAGUGGUAUAUCGGGAUGGGGUAUCUGAUGGACAGUUGAACACAGUUCAGAAUUACGAGAUUCCUCAGCUACAGACCUGUUUCAGCGCUUUUGACAAUUACUCCCCCCGUAUGGCUGUGAUUGUAGUGCAGAAGAGGAUUAGCACCAACAUGUACUGUUCCAGUUCUGGAGAAUUUGUCACGCCUGCCCCAGGCACCAUCAUGGACCACACUGUCACCAGUCGAGAUUGGGUGGACUUUUACUUGCUCUCACAUCAUGUCAGGCAGGGUUGUGGCGUUCCUACUCACUAUAUAUGCGUACUGAAUACUGCAAACCUCAAUCCUGACCAUUUACAGAGGUUGACUUUCAAAUUAUGCCACAUGUACUGGAACUGGCCUGGAACCAUCCGUGUGCCAGCCCCCUGCAAAUAUGCCCACAAGUUGGCAUUCCUGUCUGGCGAGUUCCUUCACCAUGAACCUUCGAUUCUGCUGUGUGACAAGCUCUUUUUUCUUUAAACUUGGCUGUUGGGAGCAGUAGUUGUUUUAGAGUUUUUGUCCCCACACACGUUUAAACUAAAAAACAUUUAAAGCAUUUAGUUUUAUUGUUUUACCCAAGCUGAAGCAGAAGUAACUUGUAAUGUAUGCACAGCAUAUUUGCACAUUAUGGUACAUUUACCCAGCUCAGUGUACAGUUACAGAAGAAAGUGCUGUCAAACAGGUAGAAGGAUAUAUGAUCGAAGAAACUUGUACAGUCUUUUCAGUUUUAAAAAGCCUGCCUGCACUUAAAAAAAGAAGAAAAAAAAACACUUCAGCUUUACAACUUAGCUUGAGUUUGUUUCAUUUUAGAAUUUUUUUUUAUGUUUUGUUCCUGCUGUUAAGGUCUUUUUGGACUUGUUUCUGAACACCUAGAGAUUAAAGAAUAACAGGAAUGCUGUGUUCUGGUGUAUGUUGUUGGCGCCUGCGGUACUUGUGAUUUUCAGAGUACCCCAUUGUAGAAAUCAUUGGUAAGUUGUAGUACUUGGUUGAUCUUCCAGAAAUCAUAUAAAAGGAGCAUGUACAGCUUCCUCUGGCAGUUAAAGGUUACUGUGUUAUGUCCUGUGUGGCUUGCCUUACAGUUCUGCCCACCUGCUUAAGUAUUUGUUUUGAUCUUGUCAGGAAGGUCCUGUUUAUUGUGACAGAUUUUUAAUUUGUAAUUUUCUGUUCUAAGAGAAUUGUGAAUUUCUCAUAAAAGAUGAGAGAAAUCAAGCUCCUUUCAAAUUGAAGACAUUUUUGAUGAUUCAGCAAUAAUGAGAAGGACUGGAUGUUGGAGGUCUUGUGGAUACUUAUAGAGCUGAAUAUUUUUUAUUUUUUAAACUGCAGCUUCCAUAACAACAUUUGCUUCUUAUUGCAACUGAUUUUGGUAAAUGAUCAGGCUUUAGACAAUCCUCAGCCCUCCAAUUAAAGUUAAUAAAUAACUGAGCAAGUGAAAAAACUUGCCUUAAAAAGCUCUUUUUAAGGGACCUGUCUUUUUGCAGAAGCCAUAGUGUUGCAAAUGUGGUGGGUUUGCAAGCAUACAUAAAAUGCCUUUUGAGUUUUGAAUUGUUAUGUUAACCUACUAACCUGUUCUAUAUGUUUAACUACUUCAUCACUCACCUGUAUACGACCUAUGGACCAAAACAGUUUUUACAUUUCUGCUAUGGCCCUGUUUAUUCUGCAAUAAUUUUGUCAUUACUUAAAGUGUAACUAUAGGCAAAAAUUUUCUUUUCAUUUUGGAUAGAGUAAGGGAGGGUUAUAAUCCAUGUCAGAUUUAUUUUGAAGUAUGUGUCCCACUGUGGAGAUUUACCUUUGCUUCCUGACCAAUAGCCAAAACAGGAAGUGAGAGGAAAUCCCUAUAAAUUAAGGGAAUCCAUCUGGGGCCCUCCAGGUCACCA